AAGAGACGGCGUUAAGGAUAGAGCCUUAAAGUGCGCUCCGAUAAGGCAUUUCCCAUGUAAGGGAACGCCGGGGACGAGAUCUUUUUCGAAAAUAAACUAGCAGACUUGUUUUGGGCGGCGUAUCAGAUGAAUGCUUGCUCAGCUGAUCCGCGGCUUUGUUUAAAAACUGCGUGCAUUAUGGGUGCCACAAAUCCUGCAACGAUCCUGUCACACCCACUAUUGUGCCAUUCUUCAAAAAUUUAUGCAUCCGAAUGGAGGCUAUCGAUGACCCAGAGCUUUCUCCGAUUCACUUUAGUGGUUGCAUUUAGACGAUUCUCUUUUAUUCUGGGUAACUGGUUUAGACGCUUUUCUGCCGUUCCCAGUGGUUUCUUUACGCGGAUACCAGAACGCCCACCAUUGACCGUCGAUAAUUCUCCACAUCUCAUCAUGAACAAUUCUCCUUCAAGGAUUAGUUCAGUCAGGAUCACUCACUACCGGUCUCAUACGGACGUAUCACAGCCAACUGACCCGCAACCUCCCACAAUAAGCAGUCGAUCCCGAACUUCACAGCCCGAAACAUCAACAAGCGAUAGUGUACAUCCCCCUCGUAAAGGAAAGCUUCUGUUUAGUGCAAUGAGCUACUGCUCCGUGCUUUUCAACAAUCCCGAAGCAAAUCGCACAAUGAUUUAUUCCGUGAGCCUGUGGGUGGAUGCAGAGGGAAUACCUCAUAGAUUCCUCACUAUGCACGCCACUCGUCUUCCUGACCUCGAAUACUACAUUCGACUUGACAGGCGCCGGGCUCACAAUCAGCCAUCCGUUACUGUAUCAAGUCAGUCGGAGGCGAGCGACGAAGUCACACUUUCAAGAGAGCUUGACCAUUUACUUGUCGGUAAACCAGUCAAAGAAUUGUCAAGAAUAAUCUUCCCGGUCCCGGCAACGCUUGGGGAUGUUAGCAUGGUUCUUCAAGCUGUCUGUGAAUCGUAUCCUCAUUACGCGCUCUCUGCGGAAAACUGUUGGUGGUGGUCAUCAACUAUUCAACACUUCCUACACCUACAGCACGGUGGUGUGCCCUCCCUUCUAUAUCGAGGAGCCGGGAGUGACGAGAGGAUUGCUACUAGGUUGAGGGAGCUCCGGGAUUCAGGAGGAUAGAAUAGGUCUAGAUGAAUGUUGCACCCAAGAUAAUCAAUCCCUCUUAAGGCGCUCUUCCCGCUGAUGAGAGGCUGGUCACCUACCCUAGGACUUGCGUUGUCAUGUACUACCACAUCCAUUAUGCCGCUACCUGUUCUCUCCACCUGUGUACAGCCUCGCCGCUCCUCCUUUAGUACCUAACCCCGUCUCCAUCUCGCGUCAGAUCAUGAAUU